GCCGUCAUUGUCACAUCCUUUCGCUUGUGUGUUCGUGCGAGGCAGAAACGUCUGUGGCUCGAUGAUGCAUGGGCGGCCCUCGGCAUGAUAUCCAACUUCAUGCUAUUAAUCGCCGAUUGCUUGUAUCUGCAAGACUACGGUAAGCGUCUCCAUAAUACUGACGCUCUAGUAGCAGUGACGUGGCAAAGUGACGGGACUGACAUGCACACACAUAAGUCAUCGAGGAUAUCCAUAUUGUUUACCAUUGUGCGACUCACAGCCCCGGGAACCUUUUUUAGGAGGGUUCUCAUAUCUACUGUCAUUACCUUCGGCAUUGUAUGGGCUCUACUCUUUUCACAAGUGUGGUGGGUUUGUGAAACCGAGUCCGGCUGGAAAACACAACCACAUCCGCAGUGCGAUCUCGGCAGAGGUGUUGCGAUAGCGCAGAUGAUCACCGACGUUCUAGGGGACUUUGUUCUUAUCUUUGCUCCUUUUUGCCUCAUCUACAGAGUCAGAUUGUCGACGGGGCAGAAAGUCCGGGUACUAUCUGUCUUCUCUGCGUCAGCGAUCACCACAGUCGUUAGUCUCGUCCAUGCAUAUUACAUCUUCUCUGGUGGAGGGCUACAGGAGGUUAUGGCUGCUAUAGUUGAGGCUUCUAUGUCUCUAAUCGUCGCGAGCUUGAGCGUCGUCGUCGCGUCCAUCUUCCAUUUAAAGGCAGAAGGAGAUUCACCAUCCACUUCGACACCCAUCAUAACUUUUGGAUCACAGCCCAGGAGGCGCGUUCGUGACCCUAUUGCUACGACUUUUACAGGUGUUGAAAGUACCCCGAUCGUACUGGAGGAUCUAUCCCAGUCUCAUCCCCGUUCUCUGAAGAUAGGCGACGACGACGAAAUUUCUUUAAACAACAAGGGGGCAAAACAGAUGAAUGAAUGGUGA